CUGCACGUGAUUCCCACCAAGCCACGUCAUAAAUCCUCCAGGGGUGAAAUAAUUUAUUUUUCUCCUAUAGAUGCUCAACCAAAGAGGAAAGACAGGACUAACCCCUGAAUGAAUUGAAACCUCCUCCUACAAAGACCCUUUCCGUCAUCCUCAACUCCCACUAAUUCCACCUUCAACACCACACCACCAUGCCUGACUCAACCCUCUACCUCUACACUUCCCUGACCGCGGGGUCAUCGCACAUCAUCACCGCGACCUCCCGAAUUGAGACAAUCCUCAAAGCAAACAAACUUCCCUUCCGCGCCAUUGAUGUCGCCACCGACGAAGCUGCCCGAAAGCUCUGGGGCCGACGCUCCAAGGGCAAGAAGCUUCCAGGGUUGGUGAAAUACGGCGAUAUUGUGGGAGAUCUAGAAGAGGUCGAAGAAUGGAACGAGUUCGGUGAAUUACGUAUGGUAGUAAACAGCGUGCAGGACCUAGGUGGGAUGCCCGCCACCAGCCAUCCUGCCCCAGCAGCGACCGAGACCAAAACCGAGCCGAAACCUGCCACCCCCAAACCCUCCACGAUCAAGAUCCAAACCCCUCCCGUUACCAAGCCCGAAGACAAGAAGGAUAAUAUGGCGGUGCUGGCCCUGCGCCAGGCUAGCUCGGAGGCUGCCACCAAGGCGAAGGCCAAGGCAGACGAUAAGAAAGAACCGAAAGAACAGGCUACCGAGGUACCUGUCGCCAGCCGCGCACACCGUGGCUCAGUGGCCCCCGAAUUGCCCGAUAUCGCUCCGGAUUCACCAAAGUCCACGAAACGCCCGGCCCUAGUUCCCGAACAAGCGGCCGUAUCAUCGGCAAACUUCCACGCGGAUAACGCAGAGAUGCUCGGGUUGGUUGGACACCAUCGCUCGUCCAGGGUGUCGACGCUCGAGAACGCGGAUCAAGAAAAGGCGGUACAUGAGAUCAGGCAGUCCAUCUCUGCGGAGCCUACGGGAAAUAUUGAUGCUCUGCGCAAGGAGGCUGCGGAGAAAGCGAAGACCGAGUCUAUUGAGGAGGCGCCGAGUCCGAUUGUUGACGAUGUGGCUGUCGAGAAUAAGGAAGAGCUUAUGGAACCCAAUGAGCCUAAGGGUAAUGCUAUUGCUGAAAUGAUUGCGACGGCUGUGGCGCCCCAAGAGAUCAAGUCAGAGCCUAAGGAGGAGGAGGCCGGUGCCAAGGAGACGGAAGAUGCGAAGGAUGAUACCGAGGCAGGGCUGGCUCGCACACACAAGUCGGCGGAGUAGGCAACUACCUCCGUUAAGGACCGAGGGAGUCGCUGUUCACGAAUUCGAUGAUUAUGACAUCUGUACAUCAAGAAUGCCUGAAAAGGUUAUAAUCGAUUUUUUCGUACAUGCAGUAUGAAAAUGUAAAUAACUUCGAAACCAAGCGUGGACAGUUGACUCCCACAUGUAAAUGUCAUUCCCA